ACCAGGAGGUCCGGGUGGGAAGCGGAAAUGGGCGUCGGCAUCGUGUACGUGACGUCAUCACGCGGGGCGGGCUACACUCGCCUCUUCCACUGCCACCGGAAGUGCGGGCACUGCGCAAGUGUGAGGAUGGGGUUUUCGUGUGCUCCCACACAUCGCGAGACUGGGGGCGGUGCCUAAAUGACGGCAGCGCCAGCGCCGAGUGGGUGGGUGCGCGUUCCGGGGAGAGGGGCGGAGCUGGGAGAUGGCGUCAGGAGGGGCUCGCUGGCUGGCUUUGGCACCUCUCCGAUCCGGGACUCUCCGAAGCGGGCCGAAGUUGAGGAAAGGUGGCGAUGUCCCCGCCGUACAGGGUGGCUCAGGUCGGAGCCUGGUACCGUCGAGGUCAAUCAUCGUUAGCCGCAGCGGCGCCAUUUUGCCCAAACCGGUGAAAAUGUCCUUCGGUCUUCUCCGUGUGUUCUCCAUUGUGAUCCCCUUUCUCUAUGUUGGGACGCUCAUUAGCAAGAAUUUUGCUGCUCUACUUGAGGAGCAUGACAUUUUUGUUCCAGAGGAUGAUGAUGAUGACGACUAACAGGACUAGGAGGAAUAGAGAGAGGAGAAAGCAGCAGCUGUGGAAAUGGCGAUGCUCUUGGCCACUCCUUCCCUUUCAGCUGAAGGGCUCUGGAAAGCCCUCAGCCUGCCUCCUGCAUAGCCUGUGACUGCAGCCCAGAUCCCCGGGCUCUGGAAGGUUCCCUAAGAUGUCCAAUGAGUGCUGGGGGGAAAAAAGUCAAAUUAUGAAUAAAAUAAUAAACAUCAGCCAUGACUGAAAGCUGGCUGGAGUUUCUCAA